GCGCACAAGAUUGAAGUGAUCUGGUCUGUCAUGCACCCUGACUGGCAAAGGAAUGCAAUCGGGAUGCACUACUGGACCUGUGGGCAGGACUGCACCCCAGCGCUGGAGAUGCAGGCUGCAAUGCUCCCGAAAGAGAUUGGCAGCCUGAAGGAGAUGGAAUUGGUGUGCUGGAAGGCAUUCAAUGCCUUCUGUGAGUUGCACAGCCCGCAAGAUCUGAAGCUCUUCAAGCUCUUUGAGGCCAAUAUGAAGAAGCCUGAAACGAAGGCGAAGCCAAAGCCGCCAACUGAAUCCAAACACGACAUGGCCAAGGGGGAGAUGGACGUGGGCCCUGCGAAGAGUGAGUCUGAAAAGGGCAAUGAUGCCGCCAUUGUUGUUGACCCUGGUAAGCCGGAGCUGGAGGUGGGCGACGACAACAAGGGCGCCAACAAGCACAAGGAUGACCAGGAGGAGGCAGAUCAGAAUGACAACCAGGAGGCGCAGCAGGAGGAGCAGAAGGAGGACACAGCCAUUCAGGAGGGCAAGGACAAGGCUGCAGCUGAGAAAGGUGACAAGGCCGCAGUUGAGAAAGGUGACAAGGCCGCAGAUGAGAAAGGUGAUGAGCCCAAGUCUUCAUCAUCGGCGGUGGCAACAGCACCAGUGAUUGAGAAGCUGCAUGACGUGGA